AUGGACGAUAAUGAUACCGAACGAAUGUGCUUUACAACACCAUUACUAACGUCAUAUCUUAAUGAAUCAAAUACAUCAGAUUAUUUUGAUUUAGAAUCUUCAUUUUCAACCAAAGAUUACCAACGACAAAUGUCAAAUUUAAUGGAAGAUCUACAAAUAGUGGGUAAUGAUCUUUGUUAUGAAUUGGAUGAUAAUGAAUGUGAAUCAGAUGUACAAGAUCAACAACCAACAGAAGCUACUGAUGAUAGUAAUGAUUUUUCACACACGCAAACAACUACAAUCAAUACAAUUGAUAAUUCUCUACAUCCACAGCCAUCACAACAACAUGAUGAUGAUGAUGAUGAUGAUGUUAGUUUUCCGAUAAAACAAGAAACCAAUCUACUUGAAGAUAGUUUUUCUACUGUAAUGUCAGAUACUGAAGCCAUACCAAUAGAAGAACCAUGUAAACGACCAGUGCUUAAGUAUAGUCUUAGUUUAUGUGUACCAUAUACAGAUGAAGAAGAUGAUAAAUCAGUUAUCGAAGAAACAUUAACAAUAACAACAUCAGAAACAUCAUUAGAUUUUAUUGAAACUGAAAAAAAAAAUAAAAAUGAUAUUGGACAUAUUAUGAUAAGUUAUAAUCAUUCAACAAAACUCAUAUGUUCGAAAAUUGCUAAAUUGUUGAAAAAUCAUAAUUAUAUCGUUUGGAUCGAUCAAGAUAAUAUAUCUGGUCAUAUUCUUACCUCUAUGGCGUCAGCUGUUGAAAAUUCUUUUGUUGUUUUAAUGGCAGUUAAUGAACCGUAUUACCAGAGUCGAUAUUGUCGAUUAGAAGCUGAAUAUUCUGUUGAACAAAAUAAAGCAUCAAUUCCAAUGUUAAUGCAAGCAGGUUAUAAACCAUUAGGAUGGCUUGGUAUAAUCAAUGGUGCUAAACUUCAUAUUGAUUUUUCAACACUUCCAUUUGAUGAAGCAUUUAAUUUACUAGUAAGAGAAAUUGAAGCUGUUCGAAUUUCGUUAGGAGCUGAUGAAAAUGUUCGAAAUAUUGUAAUGCCUAUCAAUAAUCAAGUAACAACGAUAAUGAAUAAUUCAUUGUUUCAUUUACAAAAUGUUCAUGAAUGGUCUGCUUAUGAUGUUAUUGAAUGGUUAAAUCGAGAAAAACUAGAAAUAUUUGGAAAUGCUUUAAGAAAUUUUACUGGUGCAACACUUUGGCAAUUAUAUAAAAUAAAAUUAGAUUCUGCAACAGAUUUUUAUCGAAUAGUUGAAUCAUUACUUCCUUCCACAGUCGCACUUCGAAAUUUUUAUAAUUUAACUUUUAUUUCAGCACUCGAAUUACUUUUUUCAUCAUCGAUUCAAACAAUGCAUCGAUAA